AUGCGAUUCUCUUCAUCAAUUCUCUUGGGGCUCUACGGGUUGCUUUCGACCAGCGCCUUCACCCUGGUUCGCGGAGAGACCAACACCACCUUCAUGAAUGUGCGGGAGGACGUUGCGAAAGACUAUGAAUCCGAGGACACCAUUCCCACGACGAAAUAUUUCACGGAAUCUUCCUUCCACUAUCACUAUGAUGGCCGUUUUGCGACCAAACAAUUGCCGGACAAAGAUGUCACGCCCCAUCUCUCCGCCUUGAUACAAACGUACCUCUCAACCAUGGACUCCAUCGGUGCGGAAACCUGGAUUAUGCAUGGCUCACUUCUAUCGUGGUGGUGGAACCAGAAGCUUUUCCCCUGGGACAAUGACCUCGAUGUCCAGAUUUCAGAGCCGACGAUACAUUUCCUGGCCGAAUACUAUAAUAUGACGGAGCACCACUUCGACCUUCCCGGCGUCACGGACGGGCGUACAUACCUCUUAGAGAUCAACCCCAACUACGUUGUCCGCAGCACCAAAGAUCGACUGAACGUGAUCGACGCGCGAUGGAUCGAUAUGUCCUCUGGCCUGUUCAUCGACAUCACCGCCGUGCGAAAAGACGACGCUAAGCGGGCCAACGGCCAGAAGGGUGCCCUGAUGUGCAAAGACCGCCAUCACUACGAGGAGGACCAGAUCUUCCCGCUGCGUCAGAGUUACUUUGAAGAUGUGCCCGUCAAGAUCCCCUAUGCCUAUACGGAUCUUCUUGUGGAGGAGUACGGUUCAAGAUCUCUGUCGAACAAGAACUUCCAAGGACACGAAUUCAACGAAGAUUCCAAGCUCUGGGAGCGGUCAAUCAAAAUGGCGAAACGCUUCCUCCGACGAGGUUGGCGCGGCAAUAACGUGCCCACUCGAUCGCCGGCUGGGACUGACUGUAUCUUUCCCCCGCCCGGUCGUGCCCCGCGCAAGUCCAAACGCCCGCCCGAUGCAGAGCUUCUUUCCCGCCUUCGUCGCCUCGAGGGCGUCAUCGAGCAUUUGAGCGGGAAGAAUGCAGAGGCCGCCUCGACCUCUGUUUCGCCGUCGCAGGCUACGUCGUCGGGGUUCUCGUCUGCUGUCUCUGGUGCUACGGUUGCGACGUCGACUGCGACAGCUCCACAAUCAGCUGUAACCCCCGCGGAGUCAAAAGAGGCGACUGAAUGUCCGUUCGAAAACGACCCUACAAAGUUGAAUACUGGGAAAUUUGAAAACGAGUUUGGAAGAUUGGUUAUCGAUGAAGGAGGAGUCGAUAUGUCAGCAAUCGACUUUGGGCCAGUCGAAGAGCUACAGGAUAUUUUAGACAACUCUGAAUCCGAGGAAGAGGACUAUCCAUCUCCAGAAUCCUCUCAUUCCGGCUCUCAUGAUGGAUUCCUAUUCGGCUUUUACUCCUUGUCGCACUCUCUUCGAGAGUAUCAUCCACCGUUGACCAAGGUGUCCACUUUUUGGGAAAUCUACAAAGAAAAUGUUGCUCCCUUGAUCACCAUUAUUCAUAAGCCAACCGCAAGGAAGUUGUUGGUUGACGCGGCGCAAAACCCUGAUUCCUUGGAUAAGAAUUCAGAGGCUUUGGUGUUUUCGAUAUACCUGUCCGUCAUUGUGGCUCUGAGCCCCGCCGAAUGUCUUGCACACAUCGGAGAAGUUCGCACCCUUGCUGUCAAACGGUACCGCUUUGCAGUAGAACAGGCACUGGCGAAAGCCAACUUGCUAAACACCCAAAGUCUAGUACUCUUGCAAGCAGCGGUUCUUUUCCUGAUCUGUAUACGCAGAGAGGAUGAUUCCAAAUUCGUGUGGUCUAUGAAUUCCGUGAUCCUCCGCCUCGCUCAAGGUCUAGGUCUGCAUCGUGAUGGCACGAAUUUCGCUUUAAAGCCAUUUGAGACGGAGAUGCGCCGACGGCUGUGGUGGCAUAUUUGUCUCAUGGACAUUCGCUCCUCGGAGGACCAUGGGACUGAUCCGCUCAUUAAUGACAGCAUGUAUGAUACUCGUCUUCCGCUGAAUGUCAAUGAUGACGACAUCUAUCCAGAGAUGACGGAGACUCCCACGGAACGGGAGGGUUGUACAGACGUGACGUUCUGUCUGGUUCGCUGUGAGAUCACUUGCGCGUUGCGGCGCGCUAACUACUCUUGCCCGGGAAGUCGUGUAUUCAGAAUGGUGGGCGCCGGACCAUCCAUUGAACACUGUGAGAAAAUGAUACAGAUUAUCAGCAGUCGUGUCGAGGAACGGUACAUCAAGCAUUGCGAUAUGGACAUCCCCAUCCAUUGGGCAUCUGCGACAGUUGCCCGCUUAAUCCUCGCAAAGCUCUGGCUGAUUGUCCAUCACCCGAUGACUCGCAAAGACCGCAUCACCAAUGUAUCUCAGGCAACUCGCGAAAGUCUAUUCCUCACCGCAAUUGAAGUUCUCGAGUUCGGACGCCUGCUUGAAUCCGAUCCCAGGACUGCUAAGUGGGGUUGGCUAUUCCACACCAAUAUGCAGUGGCACGGAGUCGCGUUCGUUCUAUCCGAAGUAUGCGUUCGUCCGAUCUGUCCUGUUACCGACAGAGCCUGGAACGCCAUCAACUCACUAUAUUCAGAUUGGACUCGUCAGCCCACUAAUAAGAGAGGCAUGCUCUGGCGACCCCUAGCUGCUUUGAUGAAGCGAGCAGCAGCGACACGGUCCAAGCAACAGGAGGAACUGAGAAACAAAUUUGGACCGAACCCCAUAGCUUACAAAUCUACCCCCGACGACUUCGCCGCCAGCCAUCACCAUACCCUCCCACAAAUCCAUAUGCCGACUGCUUCAGACGCGCAACCCAACCAAACUGCCCCACCGGAUCCGAUGAACGUCGAUCUCACCAACGGACUAUGGAAUACCUUGCAGAACAUCUUCCCCGAUACAAACUUCCUGGCUCCAGAAAACAUCCCCGAGACAAACUCUCUGAGCUGGGAAGAAUGGGACAAAGUCAUGCGCGAUUUCCAAAUGGACGUUGAAAGAGAACAUGAUGCUGGCCCUGCGAAUGGAACCCACGUUACGGAAUGGUUCGCAUAA